AAGUUGUUGUUACUUAUAAGGUCAUGGCUUCUCAAUUCUCAACUGCAUUUUCGGAAGACAGCACCGUUGGUCUGCAGAAAUUCCGAUCGCUCUCCGUUAGCGGGUCCAAAAUGAAUGGUGCGACUCUGGAGUGGACUAAUGUCAACUUUGGUAUAAAAGACAAAAAGGUUCUCAUUGACUGCACUGGAAUGGUGCGUCCAGGAGAGCUCACAGCUGUUCUUGGUCCCUCCGGCUCUGGCAAGUCCACAUUGAUGAACGUUUUGGGUGGACGGCAGAGCCUACGUGGGAACGGCAGAACUUUUGACGGUGAAAUCUCCUUCAACGGCAAGGUUCAAGAUCCUCUCAAUUUCCGAAGUCACAUAGCGUAUGUCAUGCAAGAUGAUCAUCUUACGGCCACUGCUACCCCGAGGGAGAUCUUGGAGAUGUCAGCCCGUCUGAGGAUGCAUGAUCAGAGCGAGGCUGAAGUCAAAGCUUUGGUCACGGAUCUCCUAGAUUCGUUGCAGUUGACUUCGUGUGAAAAUACCGUGGUGGGUAACGACGUGAUCAGAGGCAUUUCCGGCGGCGAGCGAAAGCGCACGUCGGUUGGGAUGGAGCUCAUCUCCAAGCCGCAGAUGAUAUUCCUUGACGAACCUCUCUCUGGCCUCGAUUCUUAUGCUGCUGUAACUACUAUGAAAGUUCUCAAGGACCUGGCUCGGUCAGGUGUAGCCGUGAUGGUAACAGUCCAUCAACCGUCAAGUGAGAUAUACUCUAUGUUUGAUAACAUUCUGGUUAUUUCUAGCGGUAGAAUGGUGUACUUGGGCCCGACUACUGAUCUCGAGACCUUCAUCGAGGAUACUGCACACAAGGAAUGCCCAUCAGACAGCAACCCUGCUGACUUCGUUCUCUCUGAGCUCCAGACUGCUCCGAUGGAAGAGAUAGAGAGACUUGCUGCUACCUAUAAGAAGAGGGCCGAAGCCGAAAUUAUGCCUAGGAUCGAAGAGUCUCGAGCUAAGGGUGUUCAGGCUCCACCGCUCAAGGCGAUGUCGAGGCCAGCUAGUAUGUCACUGCAAAUGAAAGAGCUUUUCCUCCGUGACGCCAGGGACAUGAUCC